AUGACCAUUACCGAGAUUGCCAUUCUAAAGCUGCGGCCGGCAGCCUUGACGACCAUCGGCAAGCCCAACGAUGCGACGAUAGCAUUUCUUCGCACCGCCAAACAGAGCAUGGAAGCCUACACCGGGUAUCCGUUUUACAUCUUUACCCAGCUCGAGGAUCCGGCAUAUGUCUAUAUAGUCGGCAACUGGGAGAGCCUGACGCAUCACUACGAUGACUGGAUACCAUCCGAUGCGAACCAAGGCCUGCUAGAGAGCGGCAAGGAUCUAUUUGACAUUGCGGGCCUGGCACACCUUGAUAUCGACCAGCAGGAAUCGGGACUUCCGUCAAGUGCACCAGUGGUAACACUCGAAUGGUUUCAUAUGCUUCCUGCCCGGAAAGAGGAGUUUACCAGGACUUGGGAAGAGAGGGUUUCUCCACACCUGAAAGAAGUCACAGCUCCAUACCUUGUUCGAAGCGGCUGGCGCAUUGAUGGAGAGCGAAAGAUGGAGGGCAAGGAAGCAGUCAAUGCAGACGGAGAGCCGGAGUUAGAGGAGUUUGUCGCAUUCACAGGCUGGCGGGCCGUCGGUAACAACGACUCGUAUAAGGAGCUAGAAGGAUUCAGCCGAUUCCAGCUGCUUCUUGGCCUUGCAACCAAGGUUGAAUCCAAGCGACUUGCAAAGCUAGAUCUCUAA